CAAUCUCUACUCACUCCCUUCCUCUGCCCCCUUGAUUUCCCUACUUAACUAAACCUCCCCUUUGGAUGCCAUCCUUAUUAUAAGGGAAUCCAAACCAAAAGGGGAAAAGCAAAUCACCCACAAAUAGCAAAGAUUUUCACCUUCUUUUGCUUUGCUUGAGCAGAGAGCUUCUUCUUCGCACACACAGAUUCAGAGCCGGAAGAAGAGCAGAAGGGGCUGUAAGCAAUGGAAGUGGCUAUGGAGAUGGAAGAUGACCUCUUCUUUGCAGACUUGAGCAAGCAAAUCAAUCUUCUAAUCAUGGAGGAGGAUGAUGGUGUGGAAGAGGAGCCUGUUGCUCCUUACUGGCAACACUCUUCUUCUCUUCAGGGCUUCUCGAGAGCAGCAAACGUUCCAUUGGCACCGUCUCUGGCUUCGGCGUACGAGCAGAUUAACUGCAGAAGGGAAAUCAGCAAAGGGACCGGAGUGUUUAUCCCGAAGUGCUCGCAACCGAGGGGGAAGAACAGGCAAGGGAGGUUCGGUUCAUCAGCAGCACCAAGGUCCCACAGGCAGAUCAGCAGUACUGAUCAUCAUCAUCAUCAUCAUCAUCAUCAGUACAAUGGCCUCUCCAGAUCAGGACCCUCCCACAUAAAUUCUUUCCACCCCAAGAAAUAAAAGAUUAUGAAAACCAUUAGUUAAUUAAUUAAUUAUUCAAUAAAAAAUCAAUAAAGGGCUGAUUAUUCCAUUUGUAGUUGCCCAAAAAUAGAUUGGGUCCCAAGGGCAUAAAUGGAAAAGAAAAAAGCAGCUUACAUGAAGUGUUGGAUUUGUUAGGCCCUAAGGUUGGGUCUUUUGUGGAGAGGUUCCAUUGGAAGGGUUUGGACCUCUCCAAAGGGGUAUUGAAGGAUUGAAUGUGUGGUUGCUUUUGGGUUGUCGAAUUUCUUAGGGAUAAAGCUUUGUAUUAUUGUAGGCUCUUCAUUUAUUGCUUAAUAAUUAGUUAAUAUUACUAUAUCACUCUAUUCUUUUUCGGCUAUGUGUGGGUUUACGUCUAAGUCCAUGAAAUAUGAAAGCAACUCAUUGCAUCGCGUA